GAGGAACUGAAUGACUUUUUUCUCGAUGCACCGCAUGGUUCCUCCCGAAGCCGCAGAAAAUCGUAUAUGAAGCUGUGUCCUGGCUUCUUGCGCUUCCUGCGCUCGCGUGCCCUCCGUCUCCUGGCCACCCCGUCCCUUGAACCUGCUUGAACGCUCCCAGUUACUCGCAGCCGCGAUUGAGACACAGGACAGCAUGGAUUCCUCGGCUAUCAUCUCCGGCGCUGCUGGGAACACUGAGGGAGCGGUCGAGCGCAGGACGUCGCAUACAAGCGAUUACUCGGUCACCAAAGAGAAGCAGACCGUGCAUGAUGCUGAGAUGCAGGUCAUUGAAGAUGACGAGGGCCACUCGAGGUCGAGUCUCUUGUACGCUAAGGUUCGGCCUUAUCUGCGCCAUUGGAUCCUCGCUGGCCUUGCGGGAGGAAUAUUGGGCUGGUGGAUUACAUCUACUAUCCUGCCCGCUACGCGGCAUAGAUGGGUCGUGCAAACGUUCUGGGCGUGGUUCUUCAUCACUGUGAUCGCAUGGCGAUAUAUUCCAAAUCGCGUCGUUACCGAUCCUGUCGGUGCUAUAUGGGUACCCUGUGUACAGGACCCGUGGUACAAGCUUUCGAGGAGGCUGCGCCUAACCAUCGGCUGGCUCUGCUUGCUGGGCAUUGUCUUCGGUUCUGCAUUCGGCUUCAAGCUCACCGAGAACGCGACCUACGGCGAUCGUGCUAUUUCAGUGCUGGGUCUGUUCGUCUUCCAAUUCUGCUUGUGGCUUUCGUCGUCGUGCCGUUCGCAAGUCCCAUGGCCCACGGUGAUCGUCGGCCUGUUCAUUCAACAGGCCAUCGCGAUGUUCGUAUUGAAGUCAGAUGCUGGCUAUUCCAUCUUCAAAUGGAUUGCCACUCUGGCGUCAGACUUCCUGUCUCAGUCGAAAGCUGGUGCAGAGUUCUUCUUUGACGCGGCUACAGUCGCGAAGGGCUGGUUCUUCGUUAAUACGCUCGCAGCGAUCAUCUUCUUCAUUGCGUUUGUCCAGAUGAUGUACUACUUGGGUGUUAUGCAGUGGCUGAUCAAGGGAUUCGCGUGGGUCUUCUUCAAGCUACUGAAUGUGUCGGGUGCAGAGGCUGUCAUUGCGUCCGCGUCGCCGUUCAUCGGACAGGGCGAAUCGGCCUGUCUAGUGAAGCCCUACGUGGACCUUAUGACGCCGUCUGAACUUCACCUGACUAUGACGUCCGGUUUCUCGACCAUCUCUGGAUCCGUACUGACUGCAUACAUCAACCUUGGUGUGCCGCCACAGAACCUGAUCACUGCUUCUGUCAUGAGCAUUCCGGCUUCCAUCGCCAUCAGUAAGAUGCGCAUGCCGGAGGUGGACGAGCCUGUCACUCGUGGCCAGGUGAUUGUCGACCAAGGAGCUGAACGGGAGAAGAACCGGCCCGCGAAUGCGCUUCACGCAUUCAGUCAAGGCGCUUUGUUUGGUCUCAUUGUUGCCGGUCAAAUUCUAACGAACGUGCUGACUGUCGUGUCUCUUGUGUCGACUGUCAAUGGCCUGCUCACAUGGAUCGGCAAAGGCUUCGGCUUUCACGCGCUGACUCUCCAGCUGAUCCUGCGCUAUGUCUUCUACCCGGUAGCCUUUUUCACUGGCGUGCCGCGCGGUGAGAUCCUCCGUGUUGCCGAGCUGCUCGCAACGAAACUCGUCGAGAACGAGUUUGUCGGCUACACCGAUCUUCAGGCGAUCAUGAAAAGCAAUAACCCGCUUUCGGAACGCGCCUUCACGAUUGCGUCGUAUUCUCUGUGUGGCUUCGCCAACCUCUCGUCGCUCGGCAUCCAGAUCGGCGUGCUCAGUGCUCUUGCGCCAACGCAAGCCAAGGUUAUUGCACGUAUUGCGCCAUCCGCGAUGAUCUGCGGGUUCAUCUCGACGUUGCAAGCAGCCGGCAUCGCUGGUAUGCUCGUCUAAAGCGAUGUAUCAGUAUUGGAUACCGGCAAUAGCGUUCGAUGUACUAUUAUCUACUCAUGACGUUAGUGCCUGUGGUUGGGUCUCUGCAAUCUUAGUAUUUACGAUAUUCUCGCUCGCAUUCGCGACAUAUCGACGAUCAACAAGAACAUAGACUAUGUUUGAUUCUCCG